ACUGACUCUGCAAUGGGCGCUUCCAAGCACUUUGGCCCAAAGGUUCUGCAUUGUGGUUGUCGGGCUGGUCCAUGCCGGCAACCUUCGGUGAGGACAGAGAGGGGAGACCCACAGCGGACACGGCAAAGGAUGACAUUUUUGAAAGCUUGUGCCAACUCUGUCGGGCGCAAAACCUGGACUACACAUCUGAGUUGGCUAUUGUCGCGCGACCUCGAACGCCAAAGUUGCUCGUGGCGCGAAGAUCCAGCAAAGCACGCGAGCGUUCUCCCGAGCACUUGCACCUGGACCGACGGCAGUUGGGCCGUUGCCCUGUCCUGGAGGAGGAAGGUAUGCUUCGUUUAGUAAACUACCAGAACAAUUCCAUUGCUCGCAUUGAACAUUUGGAUGGGUUGCCCCACUUGGCCUUUUUAGAUCUCUACGACAACAAGAUUCAGAAUAUCGAGAAUUUGGAAGGUUGCAAAAACCUUCGAGUCCUCAUGCUUGGCAAAAACCAGAUUCACCGCGUUGAGAAUCUCAACAGCCUUGAGAAAUUGGACGUUCUGGAUUUGCAUAGCAACCGGAUAAAAGAAAUUCAGAACAUCGGCCAUUUGAAGCACCUCCGUGUGCUGAACUUGGCUGGCAAUUUGCUUCAGUGCCUUUCCGGCCUGGAAGGCCUACAUGCUCUGGCAGAACUGAACAUUCGCAGGAACACCAUUACGAGCACUUCUGGUUUAGAGCGGGCUCCUCAGCUCCAGCGGGUGUUUGCAUCUCACAACCAUAUCGUCACCCACGAGGGACUUCGAGCGCUGGGCACAAUACCAAACCUGCGGGAGCUGUCGCUGGAUGGGAAUCCUGUGGUUGAAGCAGCUGAACUACAGGUGUACCGCGCGCACAUUCUAUCAUUGUGCCCUGCCUUGGAGAUACUGGACAACGUUAAGGCUGAGGUUCAGCGAGGUAUUUUAAAGCGGCCUGAGGGAGAGCUCCAAAUUGAUUUUCAGAGCACGAUGACGGCAUCAAAGCCCGAAGCUUCAGAUGCUAAAGAUGCAAAGGAGUCCAAAGAGUCCAAAGAGCCUAAAGAGCCGAAAGCAUCAAUUGGCAUCAGGAGCUUUGUGAUCUCGCCGUCUCCCGGGCUUGCACAACCUGACACUCCUGUGGGGUCACCUUCACAGGAGGUGGAGACUGACAAAACGAAUGGCAGAGGUUGUGCUGGCUCUCCUUGCUUUCAGAGGCCGGAGCUUCCUUCGUUCACUCGCACUGUGGGCCUUCCGUACCAAACACCACCAGCCAGGCCAAUCGAAAGCAGUCUUGCUGGACAAGCACUCAGCAUAGGUCCUUGUGGCAAAUCUGCGCGCUCUGCUGAGAUACCAAAAGAUGGGAAGGCUUCAAUGACGAGUGAAGAGGUGCUACAAGCUAUUGAGAUACAGUGGCAGGAGGUUCUCAAGGGCCACACGCUAAUGACGCGGCAUGGCUAUGUGAAACGUGAACAUGCCAGAGAGCUGUCAAUCUUUGGUAGAGGUUUGGAUGCGCUGGACAAGCCAGAAUAUCAGAGUGCUGUGACCAGCAUCCAUUUCCACUUCGUUCUUAUCGAAGUUCUCACCAACGAGAUCCUUCGUUUGGGAAAGUUCAAGGAUUUGAACAGCAUCACUUUCGUCCAGAACCAGAUCCGCAGUCCAAGUGAGCUUGAGCCUUUUCGAAAAAUGGCUCGCUUGAAGACCAUUGCCAUCAAGGACAAUCCUGUGUGUUUUGGCAGAGUGAAUCUCAGAGUCAACAUCCUUCGAUGGCUGCCGCAGCUUCGAAAGAUCAACGGUCACGAUGUCCUGGACUUUGAGCGGGUGGAAGCCAGCAACCUGCGAGCUGCGCUGCCCUCAACCCCUGCUCGUGCCAAAGUGGUCGAAGAUGAACUGGUGGAGGACGCAGUGGAUAGCUUGAUGAAUCAAGCGUGCACUGCUGACCGCCAAUGCUCCAUUGUCCAUUCACAUUUUGAAGACGUUGUCCGGGAUGCUAUUCGUGAGGUUUGGCUGGACCUCAACACGCAGAGAUCAGGGGUGGCACCCGUGAUGCCAUUGCCAUCAUCAGGCUUUACAAUUGACGAGCUCUGAGUUGGGGCAGAAUUGAGUUGCAUGGGCGACUGAGCCGCUAAAGCAAUCAAUGUGUAGUGACACCAGCCCUCUGGCUUUUGGCGAAUCUGCAAAGUUUGCUGGUGAUGUAUGCUAGAUGAUAAAUAGCUCGUAGGGCAUUUGAGCCUGAGAAAAACAGUUCACAGAGACAGACCAC